GCAGAAGGUAGUGAACAGGAUUUUGGCCCGUGGUCUCGUUGGUCAGCGUGCAGUCAAUACUGCGGACGAGAGGGAAUGCGGUAUCGCGUUCGUUCAUGUAUUCGUGAUGGCGACUGCCGAGGACAAACCAUUGAGAUGUCAACUUGCUAUAAAACCAAGUGCUAUGGUAAGUAUUCUUAGAUUUCAGUACCUGCGGGGGUAAGAUGGCCAGAUUUCGCGAGUUCCUUUCAGGGAAGUAUUUGCCUGAGGAGCAGGCGUAAUUUUGGCGGGCGAGUGUCUAGUAUUAUCUUGGUGAAAAUUACAGCUGUCAUCAUUGAUUUUGAUUGCAGCGGAAGGUUGGGGUGAACAACGGUCUAAAAGAAGGAGGGAGGAGGGCUCUGGAGCAGUGGGAAUCAUUCUUUUCGCCUUCCCCCGCCCCAUCCCCCCACCGUAGACUCUAAGUCUAAAUCAAACAUGACCAGUUUAAUAAAUGAUCGCGAGCUUCUUAGCGUUAACUCUCCCAAGUAAGACACCUGCAUUGCAGGCGAGGGAAGUAGCCAAUCCUUCUCUUCUUUUACUUUUUCAUCUUUCAUUUUUUAAGCCAUUUUCGCUUCGUGUAACUUUUUAUUGAAAUGCUUCACUCAUAAGAGGCCAACAAACGAUACAGUGUCUUCAACGCAAGUGGGUUGGAAUCCGCAUAGAGAGGCCCGGUUUCAAACACUUUGGUGUGCUGUUGGGGUCACAUUCUUGACUCACACAGUUCCCCUCUCAACCUAGGAGUAUAAAUGAGUAUCGGCGAACCUUAAACAAAAAAAUUGGUGGCGUUUAACCUGUGCUGGACCAUGACAGAAGCCUUUUAAGAAAGUGGUUGCUGUCAAACAGUUCACGAAAGAGACUCAAUCAAUUGGGUUUUAUAUAUCAAGGUCUCUAAAGGAAGUCUCAAUUUUUUUUUUCAUGUUUCUCUCUAUUUGUCGUGAUUUUGGGUCACAGUUAGCUGUAAGCAGUAUUUUGAGGAUGGUUUUGAACGUGAUGGAGUCUACCGGUUGUAUUUGGAUGGACCCUGCAAGGAGCCGGUCAUAACAAUUUGUGAUCAAUCCAGAAGGUUUGGCGGGGGUUGGACAUUAUUGGUAAAAUUAUACUUUCCAAUUUUUAUUAAUUUUAAUAAUUUGAUCAAUGCACAGAUCAGGACUAGUGUCGGGGAUUCUUUGAUUCGUCUGAGAGCAGACCCUCAUCACUAGUGCUUCAGCAUGAGAGUUUCUUUCCAAGCGGAGAAUAUCAGGCCGUGAGCAUCACGAGCAAAUGAGAGGUGUGCAAGGCGUCUUGCAUAUAAUUAGAGCCAGAUCCGCAACAAAUCUCUCUCUAACUUAUUGUUAAUUUUCUGCGGGUGAGGAAACCCGCAUCCUACAGGAAUAUUAAUAAGGACGUGCCUGCAUACUAUACCCUGGUGAUCUGUUUUACCUGAAGGUAACACGUCACGAAUUUACCUUAAUCGAACGAGCUUUCGAUUGUUGUCAGAUUUGCAACUUCUUUUACAUUUGCUAUAUCUGCCAAAAAUAGAACGGAAGAUCAAAAUAAAUAACAGGGAUGUUACUUUUUUAUUAACACUUUACGACACAUAGAUACAAGCGCUUACCAACAAGGGAUGGAAUAAAAGAACAGUCCUCCAACGAAAUGCAUACGCAAAGGCCAGUAGGCUCAGAUGGGCUGACUUUUCCAUAUUAGGAAAGGCUGACGUCAUCAAGCAUGAUUCGACCAAUAACAGCCCGUUUCUGUAUCGUAUCGAUGCAAAUCAGCCUGGAAGCUGGGGUGGAGUUUGGCAAGCUCCGAAUCACUACACCUUCACUGGAAACUUCCCCAAUCAAACAGACGUCAUGAUGGUGAAACGAUUUAAUGAAUGGUCCAGUGGAGAGUUUGCAAUAAGUAACCGAAUGCCUUGGCUGCCCAAGCGAAAUAAAUUGGCGUUGCUUACUACAAGUGACUCGUUUGUUGUUCAUAUACCCUGGGGGACUUUUGUGGCACAACAAAAGUGGCCUUUUCUUUCUUCUCCCUGGAUUUAUGGCAAAAUGGCCUUUCCCAGAAGAAAGUGGUACUGGCUGAAGGAGCUAAGACAAGGCAGGUUUAGUGUUUAAGUAUUAAUUAAUAUCAAUAUUAUACUAGGAUUGUUGUAUACCAGAUGAGAACACAGGUUAUUUCUUACGUUUAUGCAUGCGGAAACUGUAGACAAUCAUUUUCUUGUUGUUGCGUUACACUAGGUGACCGGAAACACGAGAAUAAGGAAACAGAAACUCUGUUUAAGUAUUGAUAUUAAUAUCAUAUUAGGAUUAUUGUAUAUCAAAUAGGAACACAGGUUAUUUCUUUCGUUUAUGAAUAUCGGAAACUGAAGACAAUCAUCUUGUUGUUGUUGCGUUACACUGAGAAACCGGAAACACGUGAAUAAGGAACUGGAAACUCGUGAUUAUGAUCUUUGUUUCGUUAGAGGAAAAGGUCUUCAUAUAUGUUCAGCUGGUUGGUUGUCCUGUGGAUGUGAUUGCGGAAAUUCGUUUCUCUAGAUAAUAAGAUAGGUGAUUUAUUAGUAAACAUGUGUUGGUGCGUUUUCGUCAAUGCAGAACUAAAUUUUUAUCUGAUAUCUCUUAAGAUUACAAGGAACCAGAUGAAAUUUGCCCAAUUGAGACACCGCUACCAGGUAAAGGAAGCUAAGUUAUUAUUUAUCAGUCAAGUGUUGUCUUACUCUCUUCUAAAAGAACUUUUUUAAACUGCACCCAUGUAUAAGUGUUAUCGCCUGGAAGAAAUGAUUAGUGGUACCCAUAUACCGUACUGAAGUAAAAGAAUUAUGAGUUAUAAAAGUUCUUUAUUUUCUUAUAUUAUAUCGUUAUUUAAGUGAACGGUGGUUACGGCACUUGGUCAGCAUGGGGCGCUUGUAGCAAAAGUUGUUCAACCGGUUACAAAGUCAGAGCGAGGUACUGCAACAACCCACGGCCUGCAAAUGGUGGGAAAGACUGCUCAGAGCUGGGGCCAUCGCGUGAAACUCUCGUGUGCAGGCCAUGGCCUCCGUGUGAUGGUAAGGUCUGUUGUUCAUUGUCUUAUUGGAAUUUUUCUGCCUAAAUUAGACCUGCUCUUAGCUGAUGAUAUAUCGAUCGCGCUCGUUCUAUAACUUUACUACAGGGCUAAAAAAAUUCGAAAAUAAUCACGUUAUUGAAAAAAGCAACAACAACAAUAACAACCUGAUAAGUAUUCAUUUAGCUCGAUGCUCAGCUUUGCAACUUCCACUGUCCGUUAUUAAAGUGGUACGAGAUUUUCACUGAAUCAUUAUUUGUAUAAAGUUACGACCGUUGUAUCACAAAAGACGCAAUCUGAUUGGCUCGGGUAUUCGCCAUCCAUUCUGUGAUAGGCUGUGAAUAGGGUGAGGAGCCUAAAAGUAUGCAGUUUACAUGAGCCUGUCUCGUUGAUAAGUUUUGAAGGACUAGUAGAUUUUUUCAAAGACAAUUGAAUGAUUGGCUCUUGAUUUCUCAGUAAGCAUGAUAGUUGAUUCGGGCCUCGCCCUCGUCAUCUAUUACGUAAUGGAAAUCUUGAGCCCAUGACUAAACUGUUAGUAGACGGAAGGAUAAAAUUACAGACUAACAGACAGGCAGGCAGGCAGGCAGGCUGCCAGACAAACAUAAAGCCAGGCAGACAGACAGCCAGACAUACAGACAGGCAGACAGACAGAAAGGUAGACAGACAGACAGACAGAAAGGUAGACAGACAGACAGACAGAAAGGUAGACAGACAGACAGACAAAAAGGCAGGCAGACAGACAGAAGGACAGAGAGGCAGACAGGCAGCUAGACAGAAAGGCAGACAGGCAGACGAACAGACAGACAGACGGACUAAUAGACAGACAAAUAGAAAAAAUAAUGGAUAGUCGUAGAGAAGGAGGGAGGGUUGGAUGGACUUUCAGCUGCCUGGCUGGAAUGAUGUAUAGUUAAGUCGUUUAAUGGUGCAUAGCCAAAAAUUGUUUAUUUUAACCUUGUGUUUCCUCAGAUGUCCCAAAGCACAGUCCCCUUAGAAGCCCGAAUGGAUUGUGUAUCAGUCCCAGAUCCCACUCGUGUGCAGUCAAUGAAUUAGAAAUCCUAAUAUUCGACACAGACUGUACAAGUGGCUCGACAUGGUUUCUUCUACUCAAGGAUGGUUCCCUUCAGCACGCGUGCUCUGAGAUGUGUGUCAAACCAUUGAAAAAUGACAGCACACCAACUCAGGGGACCCCUGUCGGGUUGUCGUUUAGUGCUUGCGAUAGUCAGAUACACAGGUGAUUAUUGGCACUCUUUUCUUAACCCUUUCCACCCUAUCAUCAAUAUGCAUAUUCUCCAUACUGUUCUCUAUGCAUUUCCUUAGAUGCUGACGAGGAGAAUUUGAUUAGAAAUCAAAGCUUCUUUGAUUAGUGACCAUUUCCUUUAAUCUCCCGACCUUAUAGUGUGAUUCAGGGGUGAUAUUGUACGGAGAAGUUAGAUGUUAGUCAAAUCAUAGCGGUCAUAGGGGUCGAAUAAUGAUAAUGAUACUGACGCGUUAUUAUUUUUAGCUUGGAAGAAAAACCUAUCAGAUUUGAUCAUACUCCUCGAUAUAAGCAGCGUUUUAAGGUGAACUGUAAAAAACCAACAGUGUCAAUUAUUUUUCUCCGAAGCGUGUUCAGUGAGAUUUGUUACCGCACUUGGUCAAGAUCUCUUGAUUGUGUUCUCUGUGAGGUUACUUCGCCCCCGUGUAACUACUUCUCGCAAUUUUCAUACUUCAUCCUGCAACAGCUUAAAAGAUUUAAUACCCAACCAAAGAGAAAGGAUGAAAGAUUUUUUAUUGUUUGGCACUUUAUUCUCUGCAUAGACGUCACUCCAGUAAUAUGCUCUUACCGUUGAUUCCCUUAAAGAACUGGCAAGUGUAAACAGCAGUUCUCGCAGAGCCGAGAUGAAUCAUAAUAAUUUAAGCUUUGUUUUCGGAAUAGAUUUCAAAAGACCAGUGGAAUGGCUUAUGGGAAAGCAAUCAAGUACAGCCCUGGAGGAUUGUGCCUGCAGUCUGUCAGCGGUAAUGCACCGGCGAAAGGAGAGGUGGCGGCAUUAGGCAGGAAAUGUGCCGAAGGAUCUGACGCCUUCAAACGAGUUUACACAUUUCCAGAUCCUGGUAAAACAUUUUGUUUGUUUGCUUUAUUGUAUAACUUUUUAAUGUCCUCUUAUAAAAAUUUUCGGUUCUUUUCCCAGUGAAAUUGUUAUACACCAAUUCUGGAAUUUUUUUUUUUUUUUUUGGUGCAGUGCGGAAAUUAGCGCUAUCAAAAAAUGUUAUUUGUCGGUCCUCACUCUGAUAGCAAGGUAAUUUGGUUUUGUUUACAGAGUGGAUAAUCUGAAUUGGCCACCUGAAAGUGUUUCCAAAGCUGACCUUUAGAGCUUUAGUCCCUUGUCGCGGCAAAUGAUUGCUCUAGUUGCCAACUUUCUUUCCUUUGAGAACUUUUUCUCCUCCUCGCUUUGAGCGAUGUGGAAAAUUCGGCGUUGUACGUUGGUUACAAGCAUUCAGUUAAAAACUCAUAUCGUAGCUUUUUCUUAAACCUUUAGACUGCAGUUAUGGUUUACAGACCGGUUUAUUGAGCGACUCUAGACUCAUCAGCAGCUCUGUACUGGGCGACAGUUAUACGGCAUCAUAUGGAAGGCUUCGAAACAGAACAAGUGCUUGGUGUCCAAAAGAGUAUGAUUAAAGUUCAUUCUCUUUCGAAGGGCAGGGAUAUUUCUCAGAAAUUCUAAUACUAAAUACUGACAAACUUCUAUAUUUUACAAGGAUCUCCAACACUGAGAAAAACCGUAAAGGCACUCGCGUAAAUUUAUUAUAAUUUGUGUGAGUGUUUGUUAUGGACAAUCAGCUACCAUUCCACGUCAGUCGCCGUUCGUGACACUUUUUCAGGUUGAUGAAUGAAUGACAUACCGUUUACCAUUAUCAAUGCAAGGCCUUUAAUCGAAAUUUUUUCGGAUUGAGACCGGUUGUCUUCAUAAGAUAAACAAUAUGAUAAAUUGGUUGUUUGUAGAUGUAUAAUUUCUCAUAUCGUGUUCUUAUCGAUAUCUAACUCGUUUUUUUACACUAUUUUUAUGAAAUAUCGAGUUGAACGUUCAACGAAGUACAGUUUUAAAUUUAGCUUUUGUUGAUCUUGCAACUAUCCCUAAGAUACCAAAGCAGAUUUUAAUUUCGUCUGUGAAUCCAUACAUACAACGCAUACAAAUGUGGAUCAAUAUCAGUAUCUAGGCAAUUGCCCACCUACCCCUCCCCUAACUCAACAACAGUCAAUUGAUAACAAGUUAGGGUUAAUGUUGGGUUAGGGGAGGGGUAGGUGGGCAGUUGCCCAGAUACUGAUAUUGAUCCAAUAUUUUAAUAGGCUGUUUAAAUUCCUCUAUUUUCUGGCUGCUUUCUUGAAGGGGGAAAUUUUGCAUGUAGGUAUCUCUUCGUGUUAACCGCAGGCUUUUAUUCUCCCUUUUCACACUGUUUCUCGAUUGGUGAGUAUCAACAACAUGCAUACUUCCUCAUCUUUCAGCGAUGACGACGACCCAUAUUUUCAAAUAGACUUAGGUUACGUGGACGAAAUAAGAGGCUUGGCCACUCAGGGUCAUGAGGCUAAGUAUUGGUUCGUGCGCACGUUUACUCUGAGUUUCAGCCUGGAUGGUAUCACGUGGUUUAACUACACCGAGAAUGGACUAGGAACUAAGGUAGUUGGAAUGAUGUGAUCUGAACGAUUCUGCGAUCCCUACCUGUGUAUUAAACACCUCGUUUCAAAGACCUUUGUGGGAAUAGAGCAUUCUUAGAUUGAAUAUCGUAAAACCAAAUCAAAAGUAAAGACAACGGGUUAUCAAUGUUAAGGUAAAAGUUGCAACCAGCCAUUGAUCUGAGAACUUAAAGAAGAUACGGAUAAACAGAUAGCCGUCUUUCUGUGCCGAGUCACGAUUCAGGAUUUUGACGUAGCAUGGCUUGGUGUAGAAAAGAUUAUUCAUGUUUAAUUAACUAAUUACAGUAUGAAAUUGAGGUGAAACUGUUAGAAUGCUGGAUUAUUUUUGACACUCGAAUAGAAAAGUUUUCGGUUGAGUUUCAAAAAACCGAAACCAAAGUAAUCACAACAGCCAAUCAGGGUCAAGGUUGAUAUCAUCAUUGCGCGACUAAAACUCCAAGUAAUUAUAUAAACCAGAAAGACUGAUAUAAAAGGCGAGAAAACGCAACCAUGAUUGUUCUCGCUUACUACAAAUCAGAGCUGAGCCGCGCCACUAUUUUGAUGUUCGCAGGUUUAAUAGCGGAGCUCGCGGAGCCCCAUAAUUAUACAAAAUAGUAGUAACCCAUCAAUCCCGAAAAAUUUGGAUGUACGACCGUGCGACCGUACAAGGUGCUACUUUUAACAUGCGUGGUCAACUGUACCGCGGGCACGCCAACGCCACGGCUUUUUCAGUAGUCCAGUUGUCAGUGCACUGGGCUCCGAGUCGGACGACCCGGGUUCUAGUCCUGGAUGGGGCAAGGCGUUGUGCCCUUGAGACGUGCAAAAAAAAAAAAUGCGCUUUAUGUUUGCUGUAUGCACGCUUUAUGCUCUGGAUUUUAUUACGCCGAGACAAAAAUACCCAAUUUUAAGCUAGAUCGUACGCUCCUGUCUAAUCUUGCAUUUGACCUCAUUUCAGGUGUUCAGAGGGGGUUCUCAUCCAUUACUAGUCAAGCCUAAUACAAUAGAACCCUCUGUGACAGCUCGAUUUUUACGAAUCAAUCCAGUCCAGUGGUACGGUAAACCCUGUCUCAGAGUGGAGGUGUACAGAUGUUCACUUAGAAAUGGUAAAAAUACAUAA